AUGUCAAAGGCCUUGCUCAAGCCCAGGUACAGAGGCGAGACUCACCAGCCUGUGGUUCCCCAGGUCCUCCUUGCUCCCUUCCUUAUAAAUGGGAGUGAUGUGACCCUUCUUUCAGUCAUCCGGGACUUCACCAGACAGCCACACCUUUUCAAAUAUGAUGGAGCACCGGCGGUCAACAUAACGCAGUGCCGGCCGCACCUUCGCACAGCCGCCGCGCGCUCGGCGACACGCAGCCACGACCAAACUCCCGCGCCAACGCCAUCUCCCGCCGCGGCGCGGCCAGCUCCUGCAGCGCCGGUACCCAGACGUGCCUCACGGCCGCAGCCCCCACCCUCCGCCACAGAGCUCCCGGCAGCGCGGCGCACGCGGGCCCCAGGCCGGCCCCGGCCCGCCCCUCCGCACCCACCUGACCGGGCUCCCGUCAGCGUCGCUCCGGCAGAAGAGGCGCUUGGGCGGGUGAGCGCUCCGUGGGGGCGAGCCCACGGCAGAAGGAGCGUUCCGGUACAACGGAGAGCGACCCCAGCAGCACGACGCCAGCUGAGCUCGACUCGCCCCACCGACGGCGGUCUCCGAAUCGUGCCGGCUCUAAGCCGAGCUGCUACCGGGAGCCAGUCGGGAGCGGCAGGAAGGCGGCAUCGCCACUUCCGCAGAGCCCGGCGGCGCGCGGCACUCACCCACCGCCUGCCAGAGCGCCCGGGAUGCUCGCGGCCGCCGUGGCUCCGCCCAGCGGAACGGACUGCCUCCAAUUCUACCUCCGGAUUUCUGAGGGUAAAAGACAGCCAGGUGCAUGCGCUGUGCGACGUCGCCUUCUGGCUCCCUGUGGCCGUCCCGUAA